AUGCCGGCAAACCUAUUCCCUCGGAUAGUGUCCGCAUGCCUUUACAAACGGUCAGAAGAGCUGCUAAACUCUAUCGUGGCAACACCGUCAGUGGGGGCUCAGGCGUCCUGCUUUGACGUCUGUGUGCUCGGCCAGGAAGCUGCCAUAACAAGCGACCUGUUUACAAACGUUGUUAAAAGCUACGCUCUGACCGAUGGACAACCAGAAGAAUCACCUACACUAAAUAGUAUGUCUCAACGCCUGCUGAGAUCAGUAAUCAACCCAAUAUGUGUCUGGCAGAAUGCCAUCAUGAUCCGAGUCGGAGGAGUGGAGCUGCUCAUCCAACGAACCAUAAAUAGCGGUAAUUUACUAUUUUUUACAGAGAAAAAUUGA